AUGGGCAAGCUUGUGCGGCUCGAGAUAUAUAACUUCAAGUCGUACCGGGGACGGCAUACGCUACUCUUUGGUGACUCGUACUUCACCUCAAUCAUCGGCCCCAAUGGAUCCGGAAAGUCAAACAGCAUGGACGCCAUCUCCUUUGUCCUGGGAGUUAGGUCGUCUCAUCUGCGCUCCGACAAGCUAAAGGAUAUGGUGUAUCGCGGCAGAAUUAUCCAGGAAGCACGUAUUGCUGCAGACGGCACCGCAACUGAAACCGCCGACUCCAAUGAAGCCUCCAAUGGCGAUUCCCAAGAGAAUGGUGAAUCACAGACAAGCAGCCAGCGCAUCGAUCCUCAGAACGCAUGGGUCAAGGCCGUCUUCGAGGACGACGCAGAGCAGACGCACGAGUGGCAGCGCACCAUCACUAGCUCCGGCUCCAGUGAAUACCGCAUCAACAAUCGGGUCGUGACUCAGAAGCAGUACAACGACGCGUUGGAAGAGCACAGCAUCCUGGUCAAGGCAAGGAACUUUCUCGUCUUCCAGGGAGACGUUGAAAAGCUUGCCACAACAGCACCCGAGCAGCUCACCCUGCAAGUUGAGCGCAUCUCGGGCAGUCUGGAGCAAAAGGCCGAAUAUGAUCGCCUCAAGGAAGAGUCCGAGGCCGCAACCGAAGAUAAUGCCAAGCAUCUCCACGAACGUCGCGCAAUCAACGGAGAACUCAAGACAUACCAGGACCAAAAGGCCGAAGCUGACGAGUACGAGAAGAAGCUGGCCGAGCGAGACCAAGCUGUUGUCACAAAGAACCUGUGGAAGCUCUAUCUCUAUGAGCAGGUCAUGGAGAGGGCGAGGAGUAAGAUUGCAAGCCACCAGGAAGAGCUCAAGGAGCACAAGCGCAGCGUAGAAAAGUACCACCAGCGACACGAGGCGGAAAGGCAGGCCGAGGCCAAGAUCAGGCGAGAUCUAGCCAAGACCGAUCAAAACACAAAAGCUAAAGAAAAGGAAAUCGAGGAUACCUCCAAUGAACUCGCGCCCAUUGAAGAGAAGAUUCGUCUUUCCAAUGAAACCCGCCGAAAGUACGAAAGCAGGAUUGAUGAGCUCAGGAAGAAGCGAGACGCUGAAAAGAAGGCUGUCGAAAAGUGCCAAAAGGACCUUGAGCUUGUGCAAAAGGCUGAGAAGAAAUGGGAGGAUGACUUCAAGGCUGCUGCCCAGAACCAGGGACGCGAGCUUUCAGAACAAGACCUCCAAGAGUAUGGCCGUCUGCGUAGCGAAGUCUUGAAGCGUACCCACGGCGACCAAAUGCAAAUAGACAAGCUUAAGCGAGAAGUCGAGACAGAUAGAGAUCAUGUCAGGAACCUGCAGCAGAGUGUCGAAGGUCAUGAGAAGGCUGUCGAGAGGCUGAACGCAGACAUUAGCCAGCUUGAAGAGCGCCAACGGUCUUCCAAGACGCAAACUCAAGAGCUUGAAAGCGCUAGAGCCGCCAAACAGCAGGAGCUUGACAGGCUCAGAGCCGACCGGAAGCAGAUUGAGAUGCAAUACUACGAAAAGAACCAGCUGCUGCAGGAGGUCCUCAAGCAACUCAGCAUAGUUGAAGGCAGCCGCCGCGAGUCAAGGAAGCAACAAGAGGCUCGCAGGACCAUUGAGCGCCUCAAGACUCGCUUUGGGUCUGAAAAGGUGCAUGGCCGAUACAAGGAUCUCAUCACGCCCAAGAUGCAAAAGUACCGCAAGGCCAUAGGCCGCGUGCUUGGACACCAGAUGGACACGGUUAUCGUUGAUACCGAAGCCACUGCCAAAUCAUGCAUCGAUUAUCUCAAAGCUGAGCGCAUCGGCGUCAUGUCUUUCAACCCUCUGGACUCGAUCCAGAUCCAAGCCGUCGAUCCUCAGCUAAAGGGAAUGCACGAAGGCAUGCGUCUCGCCAUUGACUGCAUCAACUACGAACCCAAGCAUGAGCGAGCCAUGACAGCCGCCUGUGGCAACACCAUGAUCUGUAAUACAGAAAAGCUUGCAAAAGAGCUGAGGUACUCCAAGCGGAUCGAGGUCAAGGCUGUCACUCUAGAUGGUCGCGUCAUCGGCAAGGGUGGUACACAGACGGGUGGUGAGCUUGAUCGGGAUGAUGACUCGAGCGAGCAGCAGUGGGACGAGCGUUCGUACCAAACUCUAGUAGACAAGAGGAACAGGUACGAGGAAGAGCUUCGUGCCCUACCCAAGCAAGAUCGUCAAUACACUCAGGAGCAAACACUCGAGGUUGAGCUCCUUGAUCUCCAGGAGCAGAUUGCUCGCACCAAGGAGGAAGCCAGGGCACUCAGCCGUAACAUUGAGAGUGUGAAGAAGGAGCUCGCGCAUCACAAAGCUGAGUUGAAGGGUGUUCGUCCCAACUACGAAAAGCAGGCACAGCGAUUGCAAAACCGAGAAGACGAGCUUAGGCGCUACCAAGAUACGGUUAACCAAGUCAAUGACCAGGUCUUUGCCGCAUUCUGUCAGCGACUUGGCUAUGCAUCUAUCCGUGACUAUGAGGCCCAACAAGGUACCGUCCAGCAAGAAGCGGCUGAAAAACGUCUCGAGUUCAGCAAGCAGCGUAGUAGACUUCAAUACCUGAUGAAGCAGGUCGACUCAUCGCUGCGCGGUGUUGAAGAACGCCUCAAGCAAGCAGAGGAUGAAAUCAAACGCAAAACCGCCGACAUCACGGAGCUUCAGGCCAAGCAAGAAGAGCUGCAAAGUGCGAGAGAUGUCCUUCAAGCUGAGCUCGAGACAUUGCAAGAUAGGAGAAGGCGUUUGGAAGAGAAGCUUGCUGAACGAGUCGCUGCCGUCAAGGAAGCACGCCGCGCCCUAGACCAGCGAAACGAAAAGGUCAAGCAUGUGCUCAAGGAGGUCGAUGAAGAGGACGCAAAGAUCAAAUCGAGCGCAACCAAUCGAUACAAUGUGCUCAAGGAAUGCCGUGUCAACGAGAUCAAGAUCCCGCUCACUGAAGACUCGCGUCCAUUGACAUCGUUACCGAUGACCGACAUGCCGCGACCGGAUGCCGAUGCCAUGGACAUUGAUGAGGAUCCUGAUUCGACUCAGAUUCAACCUGCAGAGGUUGACGAUUACGGCAUAGAAGUAGACUUCGAGGAGCUGGAAGAGGAGCUGAAGACCGAGAUUGUUGAAAUACUUGAGAGCGAGGACGAUCAAGAUGAGCGCGUCCAAUCUCAAGCAGGAACUCGCCUCAAGGCUGCAGAGUCCAAGCUGACUGAUGUCAUCACCAACCUCGAGACCGACAUCAACAAGGCUACGCCAAAUAUGCGUGCUGCUGAGCGUCUUGCAGCCACGGAAACACGCCUAAAGGCCAUUGACGAGGCGUUCGCCGAGACACGUAAGCGUGCAGCAGCAGCAAAGAAGGCCUUUGAGGAAGUCAAGACGAAGCGUUAUGAUCUUUUCAUGAAGGCAUUCAACCACAUUUCGGAGAACAUUGGUGGCACAUACAAGGAUCUGACAAAAUCGCCACAAUUCCCGCUAGGAGGACAGGCGUAUCUUGACAUGGAAGACAGCACAGAGCCGUACCUCGCUGGUCUCAAGUACCACGCCAUGCCGCCACUCAAGCGCUUCCGUGACAUGGAGCAUCUCUCUGGUGGUGAAAAGACGAUUGCUGCGCUGGCUCUGCUGUUCGCUAUCCACAGCUAUCAGCCCUCUCCCUUCUUUGUACUUGACGAAGUCGACGCGGCGUUGGAUAAUGUCAAUGUCAGCCGUGUGGCCAAGUAUGUGCGCGAACAUGCUAGUCCUGGUAUGCAGUUCAUUGUCAUUUCCCUCAAGGCGGGCUUUUUCCAAGAAAGCGAAACAUUGGUUGGUGUCAUGCGAGAUCAAGGCAAGAUGUCGAGUAAAUACCUGAGUCUGGAUCUCCGGAGGUAUCAGCCUGCGUAG